ACAACAAUAAAAAAAGUAACAUCACAAUCACAUGUUUAAAAUCAAUAAUGGCAAAUUCAAAAUUUUCUAAUGAAAAUUACGUAAAACUUUUAAGUUCCACAGAUUUUUUAAGCACUACACACUUUGACUAAUACUGUAUAGUUACAAGUUGUUAGUGUAAAGUUUUUAAACAUUUUUUAGUUCCUAUUGUGUAAACAAAAUAAUACCUGUAAAACUUAAGAAAAAAAGGAAGGUUGAAAUAAAAAUAAAGCGUAAAAUAUGGAAAAUAUUACACAGUGUUUUUCUUUAAACUACAAACAAAUUUUAAUUGACGAGAUAGCUUUGGACGGACUGCAAGGCAUUGGAUUGGAGACGCUAUGGAAGCGAGUGGAGAAACGUAUUAAUUCACCUUUAACUUCCAAGAUGAAAGAAAAAUUUUGGAAGUACAUAACUAAUAAGGCAUCCAUAACCAUCUUUCAAGUUCCUGAGCCACCACCUGUUAUAGAAGUUAUAGAUCGCUUCACAAUUGUUGAUACAACUACUGGAUAUAUAGCAGACCCUCAAACAUUUUUAGAUGGCCCUUAUGAGUAUUCUCCAGUUGAGAAUGAAUAUGGAUCAUGUACCAAUUAUACUACAAGAAUAUUGUUAAAGGACACUAUACAAUCAAUGUCAUAUGAAGAAGUCAAUUCAAAGUAUGAAGGCAAGUUAGUGGCUGUAGCAUCAAUGGAGGAGAGGUGGCAUGCUUUAGCAUCUCAUUUGCCAAUGGACUACAUGAGUCAACUUACACCAAUUCACUAUGCCUUACUGGAGUUGAUUGGUAAGGGGAGAGAAAAUGGCCAAAUGACAGUUGGUACGACAAACCUAAGCAAAAUUGUGAAUGAGCCCAAACUUCUAUUUUACAACAGAAGCGUUCUCCAAAAACUUGACCUGAUUGAUGUACAUUACAGCACACAAUUCACCUUUGGCAAAGCAAUGAAAAGCAUAUUACUACGCCUUAAAAGAUUUAAACAACCUGCCAUUGGGAAUUUUCCUAAAAAAGGCCUUAUAGCUGACACAAUAAAAUAUUUAUUGGAAAAACCAGACCAUUCAGAAAUAAAUGAGAUUGUAAUAAGAAAAAAAAUUUAUUCAUCAAAAGAUAGUAAGAGGUUCCAAAAAGCCUUGAAUAUCUUUACAUUUGAAGAUAGAGAUGUCAAAGUCAUUAAAAGUAAAAAUUCUAAAGGUGAGAAGAAAACAGAAUUUGUGAAAAAAAAGUUCAUUUCUAUUGUACCAAAGAGUGAUGAAUCGUCAUCAGAUGAAGAAAUUGACAAAACACCUUUACAAUGCCAAUAUAAAGUAGGUGUUGGCUUAAUGAGACAAGCAUAUGAAAGAAUUUUAGAAGCUGGCCUAAAAGGCCUAACUCAAACUGAAAUAGCUCAACUGCUUGGUGUAGAAUUUUACACUGGCAGAUCUAUUUGCAGGAUUUUCAAAAAUAAAAAUCUUGUUAGGGAAUUUCUAGAAGAUAAAGGCAGACAAAGAACCGCAAGAUAUGUAGCUGUUGCAGCUACGAAAGAAAUUGAUCAAGUAUAUACAAAAGAAAAAAAUAUUCUACUUGAGCAUGCGAAAAGUGUAAAAGAAAAAAACGAAUCUAACAUUGAUGAAUCAAAUUCUGAUAGUGACGAUAUACCUGUGAAAAAACUAAAACUUCACAAGGAAAAAGAAAAAACAGAAAGUACUGUAAGGGAAAAAUAUAAAACAGAAAGUACACCAAACAGUAUAACUGAAGUAAAAACAUUGGAAGGUUUUGAAAAUGUUAACGAGUCUCUUUUAAACACGAAAAAGAAACUAACUUUACGACAACUAAAGUUUGCUAAUGGUAUUUUGAAAAUAGUUAAAGAACGUGAUUUUAUCCUAGGCUUUCAAACAUUAAAUAUGAUAGUGUCGAAAGAAAUAGGAGAACCGCAAAUGGAUGCAAAGGGGCUUAAGAAAUUUGUACAAAAAUUAUUAAUAGAUAAUCAGUUGAAAGUUCUUAAAAUUACUAACUUAAAUAAAAUUUAUUUUCUUAUUUGUGCUCCUAAUAUCAAACCAACAGAUGACGUAAUAAAAAAUAAAUACAAACAACUGUGUGUCAAGCCAGUGUUGAAAAAGAAAACCCAAAUAUGCAAAGUAGACAAUGCGAGGCCAAAAUGGCAGUUUAUAUAUCAACGGUACAUAAAAAUCCAGAAAUUACAUGAAUUUCUUACCAAGUUUGUUUACUUUAAUGACGACAAAUCAACAAUUAUUCUGAAUCAAGAUAGUCAAGGUAAUGUUUUAAAACAUGGGUUUUCUUCUCUGUUAACUAUCAUACCACAGAUGACUGUUGAAUUUGCAUUAAGUAACUUAAACAAUCUGGAAACAUCAGAUGUAGCCAAAGUAAAAAUAGAUACAUCAGACAUAAAAAUAUGCGAAGCGGAGGAAAAAUUGAAAAAUCUUUUGUCACAUUCACAAAGUAUACAGAAUUCUAUAAAAGUUAUUCUAAAAAUUCUAGCGGCUCUCGGUCUUAUCCAACUAGUUCAUACACCAUCCACAUCCAGAAAAAAUUCAGCAAAUUCAUGUAUUUUUUACAUAAACAGGCAUGCAAAAAUUUUAAAUACUACGGGCAAGUGGCCCAGACCAGUUGAUGGAAGUGUCAUAGAGAAAUCAUAUUAUUUCAAUACAUUUGACGACGUUAUGAAAUAUUGGCACGAUGUAACCAAUAUCAGCUCAAAUACUAUAAUUAAUGCCCCAAAACGCGAAACGCUUAAAUUAAGACAUCCGUUACGCAAUGAAGCCGAUGUCGGCAUGUUUGACAACGGUGAGCGACUGGGCGAUGGUCUAGGUCCAUGCGGAUUUGAUUCAAGCAUAUUUAUGGAUAUUCCAAGAUUAUGGCGCAAAUUCGUAUUUAAAACUCCUAAUAUUCCUCAACAGACAGGGCCUAAACGAAAAGCGAAAAGAGUCGUUAAGAGGAGAAAUAAACCCAAGAAGGUUGUGAAUAAAGAAAUUGUAGCAAAAGUGGAUAAGAGAAAGAGAAUUCCUGAUGGUCCUGCUCUGAAGUGGUCUGAUUUCGAAGACAAAAUCCUGAUGUUGUGCAAGGCUGCUGUUACAGUACUGAGCCCUACAUCACAACCAGGUUCAUUAAGAGUAAGGAACAUCGUAGCGAAGGAUCUGUUGACGAUGAUCGACCGCAAUAAAACUGCUGCCUAUUGUCACAAAAGAUCAGCAGUCCUCGACUCAAAUUCAAAAUUAGCACAUGAAAAAGAUUGCAUUGUCAAUGAAAUGAGACGUCAUCGGCAUCUCAUAAAGAAAUACGAUAACCUUUUAAAAGUUUUGAGACAUCGUCAUAUCGAAAGCACAGCAAAAUAUAUUAACGAGGCCAGACUGCCGUUACUCGAAUUGGUUUGGCUCGCAUCUCAAAUCGAAACAAUCAAACCUUAUGUUCGGCGAAUUCCAUGCAUUGCGUUGAACGUCGAAGAUUUCCACAGAAAAUAUAUGAUUACUGCAAUGUCUUCGAAUCGACCGUACAAUGUAUAUAGAACACCGGUUACAUGUGAACCAGAAUUCGCAACUUUAAAAGAAGGAAUACUCUUAACUGUUAUGCUAUCAUUAGAUAAUCAAGUUACGAAAGAUAUCGCAAAGAAAAUUUAUAAUAUAUACGAAGUAUAUCCGGAAUCAACGCUGAGGAGUGCAGUGGACGAACUGAGAAAAGGUGGUGUGAUCGCCGCACGAGCAAAGUGUUUAAAUAACAAUUUGAAAAAAAUACAUUUCGAUGAAAUCGUUGAAUCUUCUUACAGAAUCUCAGUAGCCUACCGCCGUAAAAUGGACGGUAAAUUUGAGUUGGAAUUUAUCGCCAAACUAGCGGAUAUUAUGAGCAAUCCUUUACCUGAGAAAGGUUUGAAAGGCUCCAGUGAAAUCAAUUGCCUGCUGUUUGAAAUGGAAGCCAGUGACGUCAUAAACAUAAAAUUGGAAAAUUUACCAAUAAUCACUGGCUCUGCUGGCUCAAUAAUACAAGAAGAACAGAUGAAUGUUAUCGACAUGGAAACCAAAUACAAAUUAAAAACAGGUACAGUAGCUUGGACGAGCGAGAGAAAUAUCGAAAAUUUUUUGGAAGUCUACCAGGACAUACAGUUUAAAAGUAUUUUAGAUUCGAUUUCAAAGGAGAGUAUAGUGACGUUUUCUGACAAUGAUGUUUAUGAUAUGAAUGACCCAGUAAUAUUAUAUUUGGAAGGCAAAGGGGAGAAAGGUAGCACUUUUCAUGAAUUACAGAACCAACUUUCUACUCCUCGAAGCAUAUUGUGCGAAAGACUCAAAGAUCUCGAGAAAAAGAAAAAGAUAAAACGGGUUGGUUAUUACGAAAAUUUAAUAACGCUCACAAAAUGUGCAACACCUAUGCUAUUACAAAUUGAACCUAACUUUCAUAUUAUACCUACGCCAUGGCUUACUCUCGGAGGACAGAUACGUACUGGUGUAUUUAUAAAAUGGACUAGUGUUAUAGUCAAUAAAAUAUUUGAAUUACCAGGAUGUUCUAUUGAAUAUUUAAGUAAUAACAUUGAAUGCAUCUCAAUAAGAAGUGUUCAAGAUAUUUGCAAUUUCCUACAAGGCUGUGAAUGUGUUGUUCUGCGUUGUAUUGAAAAGAGAGAUGUGGAUUUGUUUUCAGAUGACGACUAUGUUCCAGAGUUAACUGAAUAUAACCCAUACGAUUCACCGGAUAAUAUUUUAGUGUUUCCUGUUAAUGAUAUGCUAAGUAGAUAUGCUUGUUUGAGGAAAGCGCUUUCUAAUGAAAGGGAUCCACUUGUAUAAAUCAGCUUAGCUAUAAGAAAACUUAUUUUAUAAAUAGUUUUAUGAUACAUUAAACUGCAAUUAAAAUAU